AUGGGAAGGGCACGAAAAGGCCCUAAGUUCGCAGUCAUGAAGAAGGUGGUUACCUCCAAAGCAAUUAAAAGCUACAAAGAGGAGGUUUUGAACCCAAACAAGAAAGAUCUCACCAAAGAAAAGCUACCAAGAAAUGUGCCAAAUGUUUCGUCGGCGCUUUUCUUCAAAUACAACACUGCGUUGGGGCCGCCUUACCGGGUUUUGGUCGAUACUAACUUCAUCAAUUUCUCAAUUCAGAAUAAGUUGGAUUUGGAGAAGGCAAUGAUGGAUUGCCUAUACGCAAAGUGCACUCCUUGUAUCACGGAUUGUGUAAUGGCAGAGCUUGAGAAGUUAGGUCAGAAAUAUCGUGUGGCUCUGAGGAUUGCCAAGGAUCCUCGUUUUGAGAGACUACCCUGCACUCAUAAAGGAACCUACGCUGAUGACUGUCUCGUUGAAAGGGUUACUCAGCACAAAUGCUACAUUGUUGCUACGUGCGAUCGAGAUUUAAAGCGAAGGAUCCGAAAGAUCCCUGGUGUGCCAAUCAUGUACAUCACUCAACACAAGUAUUCAAUUGAGCGGUUGCCAGAAGCAACAAUUGGUGGAGGUAGGCUUUAG